AUGGCAGCAUACGCAGCUGUUGUUUCUCUUAUGAAUAAUCUGGAGCAGAUCGGGAAUCAUCCUCGCCUCUCCAGUUGUUUCGACGACAACCAGAUCCAAUCUCUUCGCCUAAACCUAGCUUUCUUGCUGGAAUUCUUAGAGGGCGUCGGAAUUACAAGGAGAAAAGUUAAACGUUUGGAGAGGCGAAUCGCAUCAGCUGCUCACGCAGCAGAGGAUGUAAUUGAAUCGCGCGUAGUGGAUCUACUUCAUGCUGGAUUGCAGGAAAACGUUCCAGUUUUCUCGAUGGAUUUGCAGAUGAUUAUACAACGUAUGAGUCUUAUACAGGAAGAAGCUGCUAAGGUUGGAGAGAAGAGGCCAUUCCAAGUCCAGCAACCCACGCCACCUUCUCGAGCCGGACGUGUUAGUUCUGAGAGGAAUCUUAUGGUGGGAUUUGAUGAUUUGCUUCCUCAACUUUUGGAUCGGCUGACUGGUGGUACAUUUGAUCGGUAUAUAAUCCCAAUUGUUGGUAUGGGUGGCUCUGGUAGGACUACGUUAGCUAAAAAAUGUUAUGAACAUUCUCUCACUAAAGAACAUUUCGAUGUUCGUGCUUGGGCUAGUGUAUCUCAAGAUUACGUGAGAGGGCUUCUCCUUGAAUUUCUUUCUUGCCUAAUAGGAUCCACCAAUAAAGUAGUUGAAUCCACUGUAGACGAAUUGGGUGAAAGGUUACACAAACAUCUAACGGAUAGGAGAUACUUAAUUAUACUAGAUGAUAUGUGGAGUGUGGAAUGUUGGAAUCAAAUAAAAUAUUUCUUGCCGGACAAUAACAAUGGGAGUCGAAUCAUUAUCACCACUAGGGUCCUACGAUUAGCUUCUCAGUUUAGCUACUCCCUUGAGAUGCAUCUUUUGGAUGAGUAUUCAAGUUGGAACCUAUUAUGUCAUAAUGUAUUUGGUCAUAAAGAUUGUCCUCUUGAAUUGGAAGAAAUUGGAAAGAGAAUUGCUAAAUACUGCAUGGGACUCCCUUUAGCAGUUACUUUGGUCGGGGCGUUACUUAGAGAAUCAUCUAUGACGAGAGAAUACUGGGAGCAUGUUGCACAAAAUAUUGGUUCAGGGCUGAAGGAAGAUGGAUUCCAUGCCAUAUUAAUGUUGUCUUAUAAUGCUUUGCCUGCUUAUUUGAAGCCUUGUUUUCUUUACUUGGGAAUAUUUCCUGCGGACCAGGAGUUUAGUGUUUCCCGGAUCAUUAAACUUUGGGUUGGUGAGGGAUUCCUAAAACCACAUGUAGGCCGAACGUUAGAAGAUGUUGCUGAGGGUUACAUGAAGGAGCUCAUUGAUAGGAGCCUCAUUGUUGUCUCCACUAGAGGAUUAAAUGGGAAGCCUAAAAACUGCAUACUUCUUGAUCCUGUAGUACUCCGGCAGGCACAAAUAGCGAGCGCCAUUAUGUAG